AUUUUGCUGCGUACCACUCAAUCACCACCUCAUUUUAUUAUGUUUUUGCUACCGAAUUCGAAUAGAAGAAAAUGAAUAACAUUAAAAUGUCGUUGUCCAACCGAAAAGGUUCAUGAAUAUGAAUCGAAUGUAUUCAACCGAAUGAUUGUAUAUGAAUGUGUGCUGUGCCAAUACGUAAAUGUAUUUUUUUUUCGGAUCGUUUGCUUUGCAUUUCAUUCGCAUGAGGCGCUGAUGCGCGGUUGCCUUUGACACUUGACAGCUAAACAUUCCGAAGCAAACGCUUUACAGUCGUUUAUUUACAUUCGAAUCAAGUUGUCAGUGAUUUCAGUUGUUCAUCCGAUAGAAAGCGAUCAUUUUGUGUGUGCAAAAGCAGUGAGAGAGGAGAAAAAAUGCUGGCAAAACGGAAGAAAAAUAUGUUUAUGUCAUUUCGCGGUGAUCCGAAAGACAUUCAAUGUGUUGCUGAAGAGAUUGAAUUGAAUGUGCGCCGUGGAUUAGCCCGUUUGAAGAGUGACAAUCAAAGAGAAGACAGCACAACCCAAAUCGCAAGGCAAUUUUGUGAUGUGGCCAUUGAAGAAAUGACAUCGAUUGAUAUUUCCAAAGAUUUUCGCGCCCAUUAUCGUACGCACGAAUGGCGAAUGCGCAACGUCAUCUACACGAAAAAAGUGUGGAAAGCCAUUUGUGGCAAUGCUCAUCUAUUCAAAGACAAGAUUGUGCUUGAUGUGAGCUGCGACAUGGGAAUUCUGUCGAUGUUCAGUGCGAUUGCCGGUGCAAAGCAUGUCUAUGCGAUUGAUACAUCGAAUAUUGUUCAAUUGACACGGCGUGUUAUUGCCGAUAACAAUUUGUCACACAAAAUAACGGUGAUCAAAGGACGAGUUGCUGGCAUCACGUUGCCCGUUGCCAAGGUUGAUAUCAUUGUAUCAACAUUUUUCGGGCAGUCGUUGUUUUGCGAGAAUCGGCUAGACGAAUUGAUUGAUGCGAGAAAUAAGUGGUUGGAGCCAAAUGGGUUGAUGUUUCCCGAUCAAUGUAACUAUUACAUUGCGGCUAUAAACAACAGUAUGCUGAACGAUCGAAGUAAUUUCUGGCAACAUGUUUAUAAAUUUGAUAUGCGACCAAUGAUUCGAGCCGUUAAUUCCGAACCGUAUCUACAGUAUGUGCAAAUUGAACAGGUGGUGACAAAUGCGUGCCCAAUCAAGCACAUAAAUAUGUAUACGGUUGAAAAGCGCGACUACAAACAGUUCGAUGUGCCAUUCUGCUUGGAGUGUGGUUUCAAUGCAAACAUUGGCGGGUUUUUCACAUAUUUUGACGUUCAGUUCACCGAAGGUCUUCAUCCAAUCACAUUCACCAUACAACCGGGCUGGAAAACCACAAAUUGGUGCCAUUUGGUAUUCUACCUCUCUAUAAAUGAUUUUAUCAUUGACAAAGACGAAACAUUCUACGGUGGGUUUCGUUUCAAUGCGCUGUCAGAUGAUUAUCGCAAAAUCGAUUGGAACAUCGAAAUUAUGCACCAGGGCAAUCACUGCACCUUCCGAGAGGAUUGGCAUUUUAAGACCAGAUAAACAGACUACGCUGACACUAUCCACCCACAUCUCUUCUACAUCCAACUCUUCUACAUUUCCAUUGUAAAUAAUUAAAUUUUCCGAAAUUAUUGAUUAAAAUAGCAAUUUUAAAUCGUUAAGAUUAAUGUGUACGUUUUAAGCAAAUGAAACACCGUCUGUCAAACGGUGAUAUAGAUGCAUAUUUGUGUACGUGAGCAAAUGCAAAACGAAAAAAAAACAACAACUCAGACCACUCAACAAAACCAAAAUAAAGACCAUCGCAUAAUUAAAUGUCGUACCAUUUUAUCAUC